AUGCUGCUCUCUAAGCGUAUGACGAGCCAAGUCAGCCGCAUCAAGGGCACUCGAGGCUUCUCCACCAAGUCUGCUCUUAUGGCAACUACCAAAAGAAGAAGAGUACAAGAUGAGAUACACAGACCGUCACUCUCGGGUUCGUCAGUCGGUCAUCUAUUCUCCGAGAUCAACGCCAUGAGACCUGGCAUGGAAGCACUCCGAGCAGACGGAAUGACGGAAGAUCAACGAACGUAUGCUCGCAAGACUGCAACGUGGUUGAUGGGAGUUCCUGUUGUUCUGGGCACGUUGAUUGUGGGCGGGAACUGGAUGUUAAAGGACAGAGAGAGUGGUCCUGGAUCUAAGGACUGA